CGACGACAGCCCAUCCUCAAUCGACCUCGCGUCGCCUGUAGGGAAUUUACAUCAAGAACAACCGCGCGUACUCAAGAGUCACAGUCAUCCACCAGACGCGCUAUGUGUAUCUCUACAGCUAUUUGAAGCCAGGCCGCGACCGCGCGACACGAAGCCUGCGCGACCGAUGAACCUGCCGACAUGAAUCACGGCUCGAGGCCCCAUGGGCAGCAGCAGCAGCAGUCCUACCCAGGACAACCUCAACAAUACCCGCCGCAACAGCAGUACAUGCAACAACAGUCGGGCGCCUACCAGCAACCCUUACCGCAACAGCCGUUCCAGCAGACAUAUCCGACGCAGCAUGUACAGCAGCAGCAGUACCAGCAGCAACAGCAGCCGCCGUUGGAAUAUCCGAGCCAACAGCUACCGUUCAACUACAGCAACUUCCCUCAACAGCAGCCGUCGCCACAUCAGCAAAAUGCACAAUGGAAUCAAUACAAUGCAGCGGGUAGCUACCAGGCAGGGCAGACAGUACAGUUUGGGCAGCAGAUGGCUGGCGCGCAGGGCUACAUACCGCCAAAUAAUGUCUGGCAAGAACAGCAGCAGCAGCAACCACUUUAUCAGUCUCCGCAACAGGGAUUUUAUCAAGGAUCUUCGCCCCAGAUGAUGCAGCAGAAUGCGAUUCCCCAGGCGCAGCCUCAACCGCAUGCGCAAAAACAGCCAGGCUACGCGCAACAUCUUCAGCCGCCAAAACCGAGGACCACACCGUCGCCACAGGUUCAGCAGCGAACUAUGCCAUCACCUUCGAUGCGCCAGGGCUAUGCGCAACAACCACAGCAGCAACAGCCGCGAUUGCAAGCGCGCCAACCCUUGACCGAGAAUUACCAGCAACCGCAUGCUUUACAGCCACAGGGCUCAUCGCCAUCCAUGGUUCACCAGACCAUGAAAUCGCCUGCGCCCCAGCCGACUACUUCAAAGAAACCGCAGGUGAUUCGUGUAGGAAAUGGAUACCAGCAAUCGCAGUCGCCUGUAUUAAAUGAAGCGGCGCGUAUCAAGCCGGCGCCCGUGCCACAGCAGGUGCAACCCAACAGAGCCCCUGCCCAGCCCAAUGUGCAGUCACCGUCGCCUCACCAGGCACCACCUCACAAGUUCCUUUCACCAGGGCCUCAGUCUUUGCUGGCUUCGAACAAUCAUACUCCGGCGGCCAAGUCGCCGGCUGCUGUCGACACGGCGCAGUUUGUUAGUAUGCACGACAUACAAAGACUGCCUACACCACCAGCGGCGCGUGCGAAUAAAUUGCACACACCCAAUCAAAGUCGCGACGCGAUGCUCAAGGGCCAUCCUGCCUUGACUGGGAGCGUGACGCCCAAGGCAAAACCCCAAAGCCCACGGAAGGCCAGCUUGCAAUCGCCCGCAACACCGCUGGCGCAGCAGGGGAGCAGAUCACCUGCGUCAAGUAACAAAUUGCCGACACAGAGCACUACCCACAUGAUGAUCAACAUUGCAGAGGAUUUGAUCGACACAGCGCGCGAUGCAGCUGCUGAGAUUUCACGGACCAUGAGUGAAGAUCAGGUGGACGAAUAUCAAAAAAUGAUCAGCACGGCUCUGGGCUGUCUCGAAGCCGCCAUGCAAAGUCAGAAGCUCUCUCCGCGUGAAGAGGCCCUCGUACGAUUGCGCUACGCCGGUGUCAUCCAGGAGGAAACUGAGGACAUCAUGGAGGCGGAAACGACUCUCACCAAGGGCAUUACGCUUUGUGAAAAGCAUCGAAUGCAAGAUCUCAAGUACGCCAUGCAGUACCUGUUGACGAAAGUGCUCUUCCAACGCAAUCACAAAGCGGGCAUCAAGGCGCUCGACCAGCACAUUGUCGAAUGCGACACGUAUCGUCACUUCCACUGGGCCUAUGCUUUCCGUCUAUUGAAGCACUCAUUCUAUACCGAAACCGGCGGGUUUGGCGACAACGCAGCGUUGGACAACAUACGGUCUGUGUACACGAUGGCUUCCGAGAGGGGGGACGCGGCGGUGGCCGUGUACGCUUCGCUGUCCGAAGCGUUAAUGCUCAUCAAGACAUGCAAGGGCCACUUCGAAGGGAUCAGAACUUGCUUGGCCCAGGCUGCAAAGUACCAAUUUGAUCCCACAAUCAAGAUUCCACAGCUGGAGCUGCUGCAUGUUCUGGUUGACUUUCUCGGCGGUCUACAGCGGGAUCCGCCGGCCGAAACAAGCGCACGACUCCAGAGGCUGCAGGCGUGUAGCGAUGCACAUCAGAGCGCAGACGCACAGUUUUGGAUCCCAAUCAAGAAAUCGCAAUACGAGUCCACGACGAUAAGUAAGGACACUGCAACGGUUGUGCGGCCCGGCGGUGCCGGAGAGACUUUUGACUUUCUGGCUAUGGCGUACAUCUCCGUCAACGACCUUGUCCUCGUCUCCCUCGUUAUGGGUGGGACUUUCUACCUACACAAGUCGCUGUCCCAAAACACGGCGCUGGGCAUGUGGGAACGGGCGCAAGGGAUUCUACAUCAGGCUGAGAAAAUGCAGUCUAACAAUACCCGAGCAAGGCCGGCCCCUUUGGGGCUCGCCGUCAAGGAGAGAGAGUGGCGGGAGCAAGUGCAGUGCUACUUGCAUGUGCUCUUCAGUCUGCAUCACAUUAGCGAAUGCAAUUGGGGCCAUGCGCGGGAUUCCUUGGUUCUGGCCGAACAGGUACGAAGGAAAUUGAAGCUCGACGGGUUAGCAAAGACAUAUUUGGUGUAUGCCGAGGGCGCAUAUCACCAAGGCACGGGGUACUUCCAAGACGCGCUCGCUUGUUUCGUGAGUGACUGUCUAUCUCUGCAUGCCCAACCGAGCACCGACUCGCAGCGUCACCUGGCAUCCCUGGCUGCGAUGAAUCGCUUGUGGAUAAUGCAGAGGCCAGAGUUCACCGACAAUGAGAUGACGAGCCGUCUCAUGGACGAGGUAGACCCAUUCUGCCUCAACCAUCCCAACGCCGACCUGCGCGGUGUAUGGAUGGCGGUCAAGGCCUCUAUCACCAUGACGCCGCCGCGUCGAAACGACUCUCGCACGACGGAGGCCAAGGGCGCCAUGACCCUGCUGGGACAGUCAAAGAGCCUCGGCAACUCGCUGGGACUCGCCAUCGCUCUCAAGGUCACGCACACACUGCUGUUCAACACCGUUCUUGGCGACAAGGCUGUGUCGUGCCUCGAGGCUGCCAAGAAGUGGGCCGACUUCAGCAACAAUCCUCUCUGGCAAAGUGUCGUCGCCGGCUCGUUUGUCGAGCUCGCAGAAAAGGGCAAUGAUCGGGAGAAAUGGGUGAGGCACAACGCCGAGGGCGUAGAGGCGGCGCAGCGUGCUUUUCAAAUGUCAUAAGACUGGUGGCCAGGACGAUGUCAUCACCAAGCAAGUAAUGUAGCAUAUAGCACUGGACGGCGUUUUCUGGACGACACAAAUCAUACAAUGCUCUACUUUUGUAAAAAGAUGGGACCAUACUAGGAAGAAA